UGCCAGAAAUUGGAGGAACUAUAAAUAUUAAUGAAAAUUUACAAGAUAAGAAGACUGAAGAAGAUAUUAUGGAUGAUACUAAUGAAAAAAUACUCGAAAUUGUUCUUGGCAGCGAUGAUGGUGAUGAUGAAGACGCCGAACAUAAACCACUAGAUUGGUUAGCUGAGAUGGAAAAGAAGGAUGAAGAUAUAAAAGAAGAGAUGAACGAAGAUAAGAAAGAGCCAGAAAAUCCAUUUAUUGAACCAAAAUGUGUUAAUCCUGAGAAACCGUUGAAUAUCCCCAUCAUUAAACGCCGAUCAAUGCCAUUGAUAGAAUAUCUUUGUCAGCUACGUAAAUGUGUGCUCAAGGAGAUGCACGUAUUAUUCUACAAUCUUGAGAUACGACGGGAAAUUAUUUCGCAUUUGCAAACUAAUGUACAAUUACGCACCUCUCAUUUACCACCAUCAAGGAAUUUUAUUGUCCGUUGUAACGACUUCACAGUACAAUCAGCGUGCAAUGUCCCAGCAAUGGGGGGAUAUCUGGGAAUUACGGUAAACUAUAUUAAGUAA